AAAAUGGCUAACUUCGAAUUCAUCCAUCACACUGGCCAUUUUUCGAAAUAUUUUUUAAAAUGCGCCCUCGUGCGACAACUGUCGGGUCACGUGACUUGGGCCACGUGACUUUUUCAGCAUUUAAUUGUUACGUCACGAAAGUUGAAAAUCUAAACAAGUUUGUGCCAAAAUGCGAUUGUGCACUUAACCUCCCGUGGGAAGAGAAUGAAUUAAAAAAAGAGGCAAUACGUUCCCUUUCUGCAGAUCCGCCUCCGACCAGUUGCACGUCAAAAAGACGUCCCGCAAUCCGUCCAAGAAUUUCCCGUAAAACCGAGGAUAGACACGAGAUAGCAUCAUCCGCCGAAAAUGUAAACGGCAUCUGCUAAAUCUUGAAGAUACAUACGUGGAGGUGACGACUAUUUCGAGACUAGUGCAAUGCGCUAAUCGUUUAUUUAUAACGCACAAGUGUGCGGUUUUUCGUGUCGAUUGGACACACACAUGCGAAAAGUACCAAGUGUGUUCAAAAUCCCGCGUGCGAACGAAAAAAAAGACGUGUAUAUUUUUUGCGAAGAUAAAAACACCACGACAGCAUGAUUUCCUGAAAUUCGAACUCUUGAACGAGAAUUUAUUAAUGAGAGAGACGUAACGAUGGACGAAAUCCUCUUCCGUUUGUCUAAUCAGUUCGAGGCACUGCAGAUUCAAACUUCGGUAGCAGCCCAACAAGGUCAACAACUAUUAAGUACAUGGUUAACGAAAGGCCAACGGUUUAUUCAAGAUUUAAGUAAUGAUCUACAUGGAGAUGAUAUCAAGGAAUUUGUUCAACAAAUUCUUACAUGGAUUCAAAGACAAAUACAAAUAAUCAACUACCACGUGUCAACUAUUAGCUUUGAUCCAAGAUACAUUUAUCAACAACUUGCAAAUCUUCAUGCACUGGAAGUUUCUAAAAGAGAUUUCAUUUGUUUUGUAACUGGUUUGCUGGCUGGAAGCUUGGUGGGGUACUUCAUAGCUUUGAAUUGGUAUACUCCUAGGCAUUUGCAUCAUAUGAAAGCAAUUGUCUGUCACCAUUACCUUGGCACAGAGGGUGUUUCUAUGAUAGAGGAUGCUGAUAUGCCAGCAAUUCAAAAAUCAAAUGAACUAUUAAUUCAAGUCAAAGCAGCAUCAAUUCAUGAAGUUGAUAUAAAAAUCUGUUCUGGUUAUGCAAAAGCUUACAGAAGGCUACUGAACAGUGGCAGAUAUAAAGGUUUACCUGUAACUUUGGGAAGAGAUUGUGCUGGAGUAGUAGUUGACAUUGGUCAGAGUGUUAUAGAUUUUGACAUUGGUGAUAAAGUUUUUCUGGCUGUUCCAUCUUGGUCUGCUGGGACAAUGGCAGAAUACAUUGUUGUACCUGAAACUCGAGUUGCCAAAAUGCCAAAAAUUUUACCAUUUGAAGCCUCUGCUAGCUUACCCUAUAGUGGUUGCAUUGCUUGGGAUGCUCUGAUUAAUGGCUCAGUUAUUAAAGAGGGCAAUGCUAAAGGAAAAAGGGUAUUAGUAUAUGGUGGUAGUACCCCUGUUGGUUGUAUUUUGAUACAAUUGAUCAAACUUUGGGGAGGUCAUAUUGUUACAAUCUGCAGGCCACAAGCUGCACCUGUAAUAAAAGCACUAGGUGCUAAUGAAAUAAUUUUAUUAAACGAAACGGAUAUUGCAAAGGAGCUUGAACUUCGUGAUAAAUACGAUGCUAUCUUUUAUACUGGUGGACAAUUAAUAGAUGAGAGAAUUUUAAAGAAACAUCUAGCACCACAUGGAUCCUAUGUAUCAACAGCUCCUGAACAUUUAAUCUCAGAUUCAUUAGGGUACAUAAGUAGCAGCUUAUUUUCUGGGUGUAUAAGAGUGAGAUUACUUCUGCAGUACGUGUUUGGUGCUAGUACAUGCCAUUGGAAGGAAGGAUCAAAAAUAAAUACUGCCUAUUUGCAAUCACUGCAAGAACUUGCUGAUGCAGACCAGCUUCAACCUAUUUUAGACAGAGUUUAUGCUCCACAUUGUAUUGACCAAGCUUUGGCCCAUGUAAUGGACUCAAAUGCAAUUGGUAGUACUGUCAUUAAGUUUCAGUAACAUUUUUUCAAGUCAGUAGAAUGUACAGCAUAUUUUUGUAAAUUUUUAGUAGAUAUCAUAAUACUUUUUGCAUAAAAUUUGUACUAAAAUUAGCAACGAAAAGUAACAAAAUAUGCACAGCUGUUAAAAAUAGUUUUUGAACAUAUCGUAUUUUACAUUUUUUAUAUUAAAUUACAUAUUUAUGAAAGAAAUACAUCUAAAUAUGUAUAUAAUCAAAAAAACAAAAAUUAAAAAUUUUAUUUUCAAUUUUUAUGAUUAUGUAUAUUUAUAGCACAGUGUGGCUAAAAUUCGCUGUUAAGUCACGCCUAUCUGUGACUAAAGUAGUCCUUUUUUGCACCGUGUUUAUCAUACUCGCUACGCUCGGGUGCUAACUGCGCCGUGUAAAAAAGAACCAUUUAAGUCACACGUAUCGUAAUGUACUAUUUGUUGCUCUACUGCUUAUUCUGUCUGUAGUAUAAUAUUUUUAUGCGAAUUGUAAACAAGGUCUUCAAAGUUAUUUCAUAUACAAUAACUAAAUUAAGACUGAUCAUGCUGCAAUAAUUUAUAUAGAUUAAUAAGAUAUUGACUGAUAUACAAAAACUUUUUAUCAUAUAAAAAAUUAAGUAUAAAGUCAAAUCAUUUUUUAGAAGCCAAAUUUGUUUAACAAAUUAUUGUUAUUUAUAAUAAUCUAAGGAAGUACUAAGAAAAGUGCAGAUAUUGUUAAAUUUAUAUACAAUUGUUAAUUGUUAUAUUAUAGAAAAGCAAUUUAUAAAAUUUGUUUAUGGGAUAGAUAAAUAUUUUAACACUCAGAUUCUAUUUUAUAGGAAAUUAUUUUAAUUAUAAAAAAUAUAAAGUUUCGUGCCGUUUUUUUACAAAAUACUCGAGACAAAAAUUAUUGUAAUAUAAAUAAUUGUAAUACACCACUAAUUAUUACAACAUCGUUUGUUAAUCAGAUGAAAUAAAAAAUGCAAGAAUUUUCAUUUCAAAA